UUUUUAAAAAUUACCUCCCAAGGUGUUGCAACCUGGGAAGAGCAGGCGCCGCCUUCUGCACUUUUGGCCUUUUCUUCCUCCCCUCUCCCGGGCGGUUCGGCUUCUAGCUGCACCAUGUCCGACUUUGUCGAGAGUGAAGCCGAAGAGUCUGAGGAGGAAUACGAUGAAGAUGGAGCCGUUGUUUCCAGGCCAACCAAGAAGUUCGUGGAGGAGGAAGAUGAGGAGGAAGAGGAAGAGGAAAACCUGGAUGACCAGGACGAGCAGGGGAACCUGAAAGGCUUCAUCAAUGACGACGACGAUGAAGAGGAGGAGGAGGAAGAAGAGGGCAGCGAUUCGGGAGACUCGGACGAUGAUGUUGGCCGUAAAAAGAGGAAGCGGAAUUUUGACGACCGCCUCGAAGAUGAUGACUUUGACCUCAUUGAAGAAAACUUGGGUGUCAAAGUUAAACGGCAAAAAUUCAGGCGGGUCCGGAGGAUGUCCGACGAUGAGGACGACGAAGAGGAGGAUUUGGGGAAGAAGGAGCAGGAGAAGGAAGCCAUUGCCGAGGAGAUCUUCCAGGACGGGGAAGGAGAGGAGGGGGGCGAAGGGGCCGACGGCCCUGUCGCUGCGGCUGAAGAGGAUGAAGAGGAGGAUGAAGACGAGUCGGACAUCGAUGACUUUAUUGUGGAUGAUGAUGGGCAGCCCUUGAAGAAGCCCAAGUGGCGGAAAAAGCUCCCUGGAUAUACGGACGCUGCCUUGCAGGAGGCUCAGGAGAUCUUUGGUGUAGACUUCGACUACGAUGAAUUCGAGAAGUACAACGAGUAUGACGAGGAGAUGGAGGACGAGUACGACUACGAGCCGGAAGAGACGGAAGGCGAGAUCCGCGUCCGGCCCAAGAAGACGGCCAAGAAGCGGGUCAGCCGCCGCAGCAUCUUUGAGGUGUAUGAGCCCAGCGAGCUGGAGAGCAGCCACUUGACCGACCAGGACAACGAGAUCCGAGUGACCGACAUGCCCGAGAGAUUCCAGCUGCGCUCCAUCCCGGUGAAGAAUGCCGAGGAUGACGAGUUGGAAGAAGAGGCGGACUGGAUCUACCGGAAUGCCUUUGCCAUGCCCACCAUCUCCCUGCAGGAAACAACUGAUUACUUGGAACGGGGCCAGACCAGUAGCAGUUUCAGCCGCAAGGGCCCCAGCACCAUCCAGAAGAUCAAGGAGGCCCUCAACUUCAUGAGGAACCAGCACUUUGAGGUUCCCUUCAUUGCUUUCUACCGGAAAGAAUACGUGGAGCCCGAGCUUCAUAUCAACGACCUGUGGCGCGUCUGGCAGUGGGACGAAAAGUGGACUCAGCUGAAGAUCCGGAAACAGAACCUGACCCGACUCUUUGAGAAGAUGCAGGCCUACCAGUACGAGCAGAUCUCGGCCGAUCCAGACAAGCCCCUGGCAGAUGGGAUUAGGGCCCUAGACACCACGGAUAUGGAAAGGCUGAAGGACGUGCAGUCGAUGGACGAGCUGAAGGACGUCUACAACCACUUCCUGCUCUACUACGGCCGGGACAUCCCCAAGAUGCAGAACGCGGCCAAAGCCAACCGCAAGAGGCACAAGCGGGUGCGAGAGGACGGCGAGGAAGAGGAAGGCGAGGGAGAGGAUGCCGAGGAUGAGGAGCACAAAGGGCCGGAGCUGAAGCAGGCCUCCCGCCGGGACAUGUACACCAUCUGUCAAGCGGCUGGUUUAGAUGGCCUGGCCAAGAAGUUCGGUCUGACUCCAGAGCAGUUUGGUGAAAAUCUGCGUGACAGCUACCAGCGCCACGAGACGGAGCAGUUCCCGGCAGAACCCUUAGAGCUGGCCAAGGAUUACGUCUGCAGCCAGUUCCCCACCCCGGAGGCUGUGCUGGAGGGCGCCUGCUACAUGGUGGCCCUGCAGAUCGCCCGGGAGCCCUUGGUGCGCCAGGUGCUCCGCCAGACCUUCCAGGAGAGGGCCAAAGUCAACGUCUCCCCCACCAAGAAGGGCAAGAAGGACGUGGACGAGGCCCACUACGCCUACUCCUUCAAAUACCUGAAGAACAAGCCGGUCAAAGAGCUGCGGGACGACCAGUUCCUGAAGAUGUGCCUGGCCCAGGACGAGGGGCUGCUCAGCAUUGACAUCUGCAUCGACAUGAAGGGCGUGGAAGGCUACGGGAGCGACCAGACCUAUUUCGAAGAGAUCAAGCAGUUCUACUACCGGGACGAGUUCAGCCACCAGGUGCAAGAGUGGAACCGGCAGCGCACGCUGGCCAUCGAGAGGGCCCUCAACCAGUUCCUCUACCCGCAGAUGGCCAAGGAGCUGAAGAACAAGCUCCUGAUGGAGGCCAAGGAGUUUGUCAUCAAGGCUUGCAGCCGGAAGCUCAACAACUGGCUGAAGGUGGCUCCCUACCGUCCGGAUCAGCAAGUGGAGGAAGACGAUGACUUUAUGGACGAGAAUCAGGGGAAAGGCGUCCGAGUGCUGGGCAUUGCCUUCUCCUCAGCCAGAGACCACCCUGUCUUCUGCGCCUUGGUGAAUGGGGAAGGUGAGGUGACGGAUUUCCUGCGGCUGCCCCACUUCACCAAGCGGAGGAACGCCUGGCGGGAGGACGAGAGGGAGAAGAAGGCUCAGGACAUCGAGACGCUGAAGAAGUUUCUGCUGAGCAAGAAACCCCACGUGGUCACAAUUGCAGGGGAGAACAGGGACGCCCAGAUGCUGAUGGAGGACGUGAAGCGCAUCGGCCACGAGCUGGAACAAGGGCAGCAGCUCUCCUCCAUCGGGGUGGAGCUGGUGGACAAUGAGCUGGCCAUGCUCUACAUGAACAGCAAGAAGUCCGAGAACGAAUUCAGGGAUUACCCCCCAGUGCUGCGCCAAGCGGUCUCCCUGGCCCGCCGCAUCCAGGACCCGCUGAUCGAGUUUGCCCAGGUCUGCAGCUCCGACGAGGACAUCCUGUGCCUGAAGUUCCACCCUUUACAGGAGCACGUCGUGAAAGAAGACCUGCUGAGCGCCCUCUACUGCGAGUUCAUCAACCGGGUGAACGAGGUGGGGGUGGACGUCAACCGUGCCAUCGCCCACCCCCACAGCCAGGCUCUCCUGCAGUAUGUCUGCGGCCUGGGACCCCGUAAGGGGACACACCUGCUGAAGAUCUUGAAGCAGAACAACACCCGCCUCGAGAACCGGACCCAGCUGGUCACCAUGUGCCACAUGGGCCCCAAAGUCUUCAUCAACUGUGCCGGGUUCAUCAAGAUCGACACGGCCUCGCUGGGGGACAGCACGGACUCCUACAUCGAGGUGCUGGACGGGUCCCGCGUCCACCCAGAGACCUACGAGUGGGCCCGGAAAAUGGCCGUCGACGCUCUCGAGUAUGACGAGUCAGCCGAAGACGCCAACCCGGCGGGGGCCCUGGAGGAGAUCCUGGAGAACCCGGAGCGCCUGAAGGACCUGGACUUGGACGCCUUCGCCGAAGAGCUGGAGAGGCAGGGCUAUGGGGACAAACACAUCACGCUGUACGACAUCCGGGCCGAGCUGAGCUGCCGCUACAAGGACCUGAGGACCCCCUACCGCUCCCCCAACUCCGAGGAGGUCUUCAACAUGUUGACCAAAGAAACACCCGAGACCUUCUAUAUCGGUAAGCUGAUCAUCUGCAGCGUGACCGGGAUAGCCCACCGGCGGCCCCAGGGCGAAAGCUAUGACCAGGCCAUCCGGAAUGACGAGACGGGGCUCUGGCAGUGCCCCUUCUGCCAGCAGGACAACUUCCCCGAGCUGAGUGAGGUCUGGAACCACUUUGAUAGCGGCUCCUGCCCCGGCCAGGCCAUCGGGGUGAAGACUCGGCUGGACAACGGGGUGACGGGCUUCAUCCCCACCAAAUUCCUCAGCGACAAGGUGGUCAAGCGGCCGGAGGAGAGGGUCAAGGUGGGAAUGACCGUCCACUGCCGGAUCAUGAAGAUCGACAUUGAGAAGUUCAGCGCCGACCUGACCUGCCGGACGUCCGACCUGAUGGACAAGAGCAACGAGUGGAAGCUGCCGAAGGACAACUACUACAACUUCGACGCCGAGGCCGCCGACCAGAAGCAGGAGGAGGAGCUGAAGAGGAAGCAGCAGCGCACCACCUACAUCAAGCGCGUGAUUGCCCACCCGUCCUUCCACAACAUCAACUUCAAGCAGGCUGAGAAGAUGAUGGAGACCAUGGACCAGGGGGACGUCAUCAUCCGCCCCAGCAGCAAAGGGGAGAACCACCUGACGGUGACCUGGAAAGUCUCAGAAAACAUCUACCAGCAUGUGGACGUGCGGGAGGAAGGCAAGGAGAACGCCUUCAGCCUGGGCUCCACCCUCUGGAUCAACUCAGAGGAAUUUGAGGACCUGGACGAGAUUGUUGCCCGCUACGUCCAGCCCAUGGCGUCUUUUGCUCGAGAUCUGCUCAGCCAUAAAUACUACCAGGAUUGCAGCGGAGGAGACCGGAAGAAACUGGAGGAGCUCCUGAUGAAAACCAAGAAGGAGAAGCCCACCUUCAUCCCUUACUUCAUCUGUGCCUGUAAAGAACUUCCCGGGAAGUUCCUUCUUGGCUACCAGCCGCGCGCCAAGCCCAGGAUCGAGUAUGUGACGGUGACGCCCGAAGGCUUCCGGUACCGGAACCACAUUUUCCCCACGGUCAAUGGGCUUUUCCGGUGGUUCAAGGACCACUACCAGGACCCUGUGCCAGGGGUCACCCCCAGCAGUAGCAGCCGAACCCGGACUCCCGCUUCGAUCAACGCCACCCCAGCGAACAUUAACCUGGCCGACCUGACCCGCGCAGUCAACGCCCUGCCACAGAACAUGACCUCGCAGAUGUUCAGCGCCAUUGCCGCAGUGACGGGCCAGGGACAGAACGCCAACGCCACCCCGGCCCAGUGGGCUUCCAGUCAGUAUGGCUACGGGGGCAGCGGCGGAGGCAGCAGCACCUAUCACGUCUUUGCGACGCCCGCUCAGCAGCCGGUGGCCACCCCUUUGCUGACCCCCAGCUACUCCUACACCACCCCCAGCCAGCCCAUCACAACCCCCCAGUACCACCAGCUCCAGGCCAGCACCACACCCCAGUCCACCCAGUCGCAGCCGCCUUCCCAGCCUUCCUCCAGUUCUGGCCAGAGACCGCAACAGCCCAAGUCCACCUCCCACACCGCGAUCGACUGGGGCAAGAUGGCCGAGCAGUGGCUGCAGGAGAAGGAGGCUGAGCGCCGGAAGCAAAAGCAGCGCCUGACGCCCCGCCCUUCGCCCAGCCCCAUGAUCGAGAGCACCCCCAUGUCCGUCGCCGGAGACGCCACCCCUCUGCUGGAUGAGAUGGACCGGUAGUCCCCCGGCCCUCCCGCUCGAUGGGCCAAACCGUCUCGUUUUGCUGAGCCCACAUCGCUCCAUCUUUUUGUGGAUUUUUGCCCCGUCCUCUCCUUCGAGGGACUGAAAAGGGACACGGAGCGGCCCCCCUCCUGUGUGUUUUCCAACAGACUCGCCUUGCCUCCCUGUACUUUCUGGCGCUGGGUGGACAGAGGGAGCCCGCCGGCCCUUCCCUUUGUUGCUUUGGGCUUUGCUCGCGCAGCCGCCCUUGGCUCCCCCAGCCCUCCCCUGCCGAGAGAUGCUCUCUCACCCUGAUUCCUGGCUGCCGCCUGGCCUUCCAGCGGUGCAGAAAUAAAGUUUCAGGGCCAGGGGGUUCGGGAGCAGAGAUCUUUUUCCUGGCUGCCGGGCCCAAGUGGCCUGUCUGUGUCUA